UUCGCCCGGACGGCGCACAGUCACACUCACGACGACGGCCCAUCAACACCACCACCGCGGUGAAGACCGGUCAAUACAUACCUACAUAUUACCAGCUUUGUGUACCGCGACUCCGGUAAGGCUCAUUUUGAACACCUACAAACGCAAAUCGUGACGAUCUGAGCUGUAAAAAAAAAAACCUCAUCGCGAUUCGACGACAAUACAUAUAAUAAAAGUAUUAAUAUUUCAAACAAGUCGAAAUCGAACUGCACAUUAUACAUCUCACAUACACACACCGUCGUAUCGAAAAGUAAAAUCCGCCGGUGGCAUACGAACGCGCCGUUAUAAUAAUAAUAUAAUAUCAAAAACCUCACUCAGCUAUGUAUAGAUUCCAAGACGUGGCCCGUCCAGCGGCGACAGCGGCCAAACAUUUUGUCAACACACCAUUGAGGAUGGCAUCUUCAUUGUGUCCCGGAGAAUAUGCUGCACCGUCGGUCGAAACUUCGGUACCUGGACCUAAGUCAAAAAAACUUCUCGCUGAGCUUUCACAAAUUCAGCAAUCCGAUUCGGUUCAGCUAUUCGCCGACUAUAACAAAUCUCUGGGCAACUACUUGGUUGACGUCGACGGUAAUGUUAUGUUGGAUGUAUACACGCAAAUAUCAUCAAUGCCAUUGGGUUACAACCAUCCGGAAAUGUUGAAAGUGUUGGAUAGCGACGAGAACAAAAAAGUCAUUGUCAAUCGUCCGGCGUUGGGUGUGUUCCCAGCUGGUGACUGGCCAGCAAAAUUACGAAACACGCUCAUGAGUGUUGCACCUAAAGGUAUGGACUCUCUUACGACCAUGAUGUGUGGAUCUUGUUCCAACGAAAACGCAUAUAAAAAUAUGUUCAUGAAGUACCAGCGAGACAAGAGAGGAGGUACUUCGGACUUCACAGACUUGGAAAAGGAGUCGUGCAUGAUUAACAUGCCACCUGGCGCGCCAAAAUUGUCUAUACUGUCGUUCAAGGGCUCGUUCCACGGCCGCACACUGGGCGUCUUAUCCACCACGCAUUCCAAAUACGUACACAAGUUAGACGUACCAGCUUUCGACUGGCCGAUAGCCAGAUUCCCCGAGUACAAGUAUCCAUUGCACGAGAACCUCAGAGAAAAUGAACAAGAAGACGAACGUUGCUUAGCUGAAGUGGAGGAAUUGAUAGAAAAGUGGGAUAAGAAGGGUAACCCUGUUGCCGGAAUUGUGGUGGAACCCAUCCAGUCGGAAGGUGGAGACAACCACGCGUCUCCAUAUUUUUUCCAGAAACUUCAGAAGAUUGCCAAAAAGUAUAAUGCGGGCUAUCUAAUCGACGAGGUGCAGACCGGCGGCGGCCCCACUGGUAAGAUGUGGUGUCACGAACAUUUCGACCUGGAAACUUCUCCGGACAUUGUUACUUUUAGCAAAAAAAUGCAGACCGGUGGAUACUACUUGAAGAACGAAUUCUUACCCGACAUUCCGUACCGUGUGUUCAAUACUUGGAUGGGAGAUCCGACCAAAAUCAUACUACUCGAUGCUGUAUUGAAGGUGAUUAAGAGGGACAAUCUAUUGUCAUUGGUCGAAAAGUCCGGUGAUGUACUCAUGUCUGGGCUCAGAGACUUGGAAGCCGAAUUUCCGGCUUUGAUAAAUUCUACUAGAGGUCGCGGUACAUUCAUAUCGUUCGACGCUGCUAAUUGCAAACUCCGAAACGACAUCGUCGAUAGACUUUUAACUAAAGGAGUCCAAUCUGGAGGAUGUGGAAUUGUGGGUAUCAGGAUGCGACCGGCAUUGAUCUUUCAGCCACAUCAUGCUCACAUGUUCCUCGACAGACUUCGCCAGGUGUUGGCUGAAACAAAAUAGGUUCUACGUUAUAUUGCACAACUAUUAUACGUGUGUAGAAAGAUUGAGCAUUUGUUUAUAAUUUUGUGAUAUUAUUGAAAAAUAUGUCUUCCAAUGUUAACAUAAAGCUUUUUGAACGCAAACGAGUCUUCCAAAAUAUUUUACACAAUUAUUACAAAUAUUGAAUCGUAUAUUCGUAUGUAUAAUUUAUUUUAAAGUAGAUAUUAUAUUUGUAUUAUUAUAGUUAUGUUACAACUAUUAUUUAAUGUUUUAUAAUAUUAUAAUAAUAUUAAUUAUAAUAUACCCAUUAAGAUAAAACGACCGCUUCCAUAUAUCUUAAAUUUAUAUUUAUUAUAAUCUACUUAUAAACUACACCUGAUUUCGAGCAUUUAGUGUUUUAUGAUUAAAAAAAUAAAACAUAAUACUAUAUGAACAAAUAUAAUAA